AUGUCGGCCCAAACUUCAGAUGUUGUACCACCAGUGAAUCGCCAUAAGCUUACAGCGGUUGAGCGUCAGCGAGCUCAGCUCGACAAACUGCUCAAGGAUCCUACCAAGGCAGCGUAUGUCCCUCCACCGCCAAAAGAGAAGACCAUCCGCCCUGCACGAGAAAUGAUGAAGAAUGUCCAGGGCUCCAGCGCCGGCGCAGGUAGCGGAGAAUUUCAUGUCUACAAAGCAAGCAGGCGGAGAGAGUAUGAAAGAAUAAGUUUACUCGAAGAAGCAGCUCGUAAAGAGGUUGAGGACGCAGAGUUCAAACGGAAAAGGGAAGAAGCAGAGGCGAAUGCAGAGGCAAAGACUGCGAAGAACCGAGCCAAACGCCAGAAGAAGAAAGGAAAAGCGAAGAAUGCUGGUUCGGAAAGUACUCAUGGAGCAACUUCUUCACAGAAGGAAGGUGCGGAUGGAAAUGUCAUUCCAUUCAAGAAGAGGAGAUUGGUGAAUGGACGCGAGUUGGUGUUUAGGAAACAAGGGGAAGAUGGAGAAGACUCCGAUGAAAAUGAAGAUGAACAAUCCGUCCCAAACCACCCUGCGACUGAGGCCUCCGAUCCGCCGUUAGGCAUGAGCGCUUCGGAUACGAGGCCACCCCCGGUAGCUCCUUCGAAGAUCGUAAUUCAUGAGGACGAUUAA